AGAGGCGGAGGAGGAGGAGGGUGGCCCCGCGGGGGCCGGCGGCCGGGCGGCCGGGGCGCUGCCGGCGCGGCAGCCGGAGGAACAAAGGCGCACGGCGCAGGUUCCAGUGAAUGGCCAUCUUAUCACAUCAGUCAACAUCAGAGAGAAAAAGCUCCUCAAGCCUAAGAAGAAGAGGAAAACCCAGUGCUCGGACAAGGAAGUGCCAAAAGAUCCACUUUCUGUGGAAAAAGACAAACUGCAAGAGGAGGAAGGAGUUUGGCAGACCAAGAUCAGCAGCCGCGAAAAGAGACACUUAAGGAAGGAAAGGCUGAAACAAAAAGACCCCAGCAGAGCAUGCCAGGGUAGCUCGGCGGUUGAGCCAGCCUUCAACUGGGAUGAGAAGGGAGCGGUGUGGCCACUCACAGAGGACACCAGUGGUGGUGGAAAAGGUGCUUUCUUUGCCAAGGUGGAGUGUGGGACCAUGCUGAAAGGCUCAGGAGCCCUACGGGAAGAAUCAGCACCCUCCAGGUCAGAAGACGAUGUUUUCUCCAACGUAGGAACAUGGGAUAUUGCAGAUGUAAAAUCCUGUCCUGUGACCUUUGGGACAUUGUCAGAUCUCUCCAGGGAUUUAGAUAACGUGAAGAGUAAAUCAUCUGAGGACAGUCCUUCCAGAUGCUGUUGCCAUGGCAGCUCAACUUUCCUCCCAGCAGAUGAUGCGUGGCAGGGACAGGGUGACCCUUCAGUGAUUGAUCUGGACUCUGACUGGAAGGCUCCCACGGAAGAGUGGGGAAACUGGACUGGAGAUGAGGAGCAUCAGAAGAGGGAUGAGAAGAAGGAUUUGCCAAAAGGCAAAGCAGGCAUCCGUUUCUGCCUUUCUGGGCUCGAAAGCAAAACACAGCGGAAGAAGAAGAAAAUGGAAGUGAAGGAAGAAAGGGGUGGAGCUGGACUGAGGCAUCCCCAGCAAGGUUUGCAAACAAGAAUGGAAGAAGGCCCAAGGGACUUGAUAUCUACAAAACAUAGCAGUGAUGCAGUUGGUGCUUCCUUCAAAAAAUCCUUGGACAUUGCUAAUAAUUCACCCAAUAAUGGUGUACCUGGAAAAAAGGAGAGGAGGAAGAGGAAGAAAAUGAAGAAAGAGACUUGAGGGAGCUGUGUAGCUGCCAGAGCGCCAACCCGAUGGGGCAGACAUGCCGAUGAGCUGCAAGGAUUCUGCUUUCUGCGAUGCCGCUGAGCCCCAGGCAAAGAGAGGCUCCGGGAGACCUCCCAGUGAGAGGAAGAGGAGAAGAGGAGCAGUGAGCCAGAAAGCGUGAGUGUGUGAGAGAGGAGAGAGGGAGCAGGCUGUGCACAGGAGGUGGUUUUGAAACAGAGUGGCUGUUCAUUGCAAGCUGCUGCCCUUGAUCAAAAGCUGCUGAAUGGGGUUUGACUGGUUGCAUAAAGUCCUUUCAGUUUUUUGCUGUCAUGUUGUUCGUCAACUUGUAGUGUUCUAUGCCAUUGUAGAAAUAGUUGGGCUAUACCUGACUGUGAUUGUACUUUGGUCCCAUGGAGGAUCCACCAGCUAGUCUGGUCUCCUCUAGCAUUUUUGCAGAGGUGCUCAUCGACAGGCUAGUAAUGUACAGAAGGAAGCACUGUUCAGAGACAGAGGGAGAAUAACAUGGAUCAUUCUCCAACCUCCUUUUUUAAAUCCUUGGUGGCUGCUACUGUCAAGCUACAUUGCCAUAUUUAUCCUUUUUACCCCACAUCAGACUAGUUCGCUCCUCAAGGAAUAUUUCUAAAGGAGGUUUUAAACUUAUUUGGAAAGAUGAUCUAAACCCUUUUUCUCCCUGAAUUUCAUGGUGGGCUAAAGUUUAAAGUCUGUAUGUCCAAAGCAUGUAGCAUUUGUACUUAUAGUAGACUGAGGUAAAUUUUUAAAGUCAUUUUUCUUAAUCUGAUGUUUGGAAGUUUUUAUCAUUUUGUCACUUGAAUAUUCUAAUAUAAACUAAAUUUGUGAAUGAAGUUUUUAAAAAUGUCAGUUUAGUAUUUAUUGAAGAGUGUGUAUUUCUCCUUGUCAGAAGGCUCAUAGUAUGGAGAAGAGAAUGUGUUACAAUUGAAUACUAUGGUUUAUAAACAAUGCUGAACUGACACCACGAAAAGCAGAAGCCCUUUAUCCCCGGAGGAGCUGCAGCUUUGGUGGUAGCUGGGGGGUUUUCUUCAGAUGGUCCUGAGACUAUGCCUGACCCAUCCCAGAAGCGCUGCCUUGAAGAAUGAGAUAGUGUUUCUCAAAUCUCCAUCUGCAUUUGUGCCUUUGGAGAUGGUGUGGGAAGGUUACCAAUGCAUGUUAAAUGUGUGCACAUUUGUAGGCUUUGGGCUGAUGCUGUGAAACUCCUUUUGCUAGGACCGUGUAUAACCAGGGAUGUCCGUGGUUUUACACUGCCACAGCUGCACUCCUGUUUGUAUCACGGAGCCAGAGGAGAGCUCUGUGCUUCUGCCAUUGCAUCCCCGAUCCCUGAUCCUGGCUUGUCUGAGCUUUACCUGCAGCUCAACACUUUUCCCUGAUGGCUGUCAUCUGUUGCAUAGCUGUCAAAGCAGCUGUACCCUUCAGAGAAGCAAUUAACUGCAGCAAUCUAUUUGUGUUUAGAGUUUAGCUACUAUAUGUUGAAGGGCAGUUCUCUUGUACUGUGAUUUUUGGGGUAGUCAGCUGUACUGUGUGCCCUGAAAUUUAGCACAGCAGGGUUAUUUCAGACAGGCAGGCGAGGAGUAAUCAUAACUGAUGCCACUUAGCAGGCCACUGCCUAGAAUCUGCACAUCUUGGUGUUUGUGUCUCAGUGUAGGCGAAAUAUUGGCAGUUUAUGAAUGGACUGAAUAGACCAAAGAGCUUUUAUCUGCAAAGUAACUGGUUUGGAGCAGAUGCGUAACAAGAAAAUACAUGGCCUCACUGGAGGAACAGGUACAGCAAGUUCAAGGAUUUAGAAGAUGUGCUAAUGAGUAUGUGGGUAAUGAGCAAAGUUCUGCUAUCUCUGAAGCCAAUGGAAAACAUUCGUUGACCUCAUUGGGGCCAGGAUGUUGCCCAUGGUCUUUGCUUAGCAUUGAAGAUAACCUCUGUCAUCCAAACAAGAAAGAAAAAAAGAGUAGCUCACAAGAUUGGUGGACUACAGAUUUCUUCUGCUUUUUUCUCUAUAUCUGCUUGUUAACUUUUUGAUGUCUUUGUAAUUAUGCUUUAUUUCAACAUUUUUCAGUAUUUCAAAUGUCACUGUUUUUAUAAUAAAAAAUUAAAACUUGUCCAAAGCCCAA